AUGAAAUCCAAGAGCCUUGAGCAGUGGAGGGAGUACUUCGAGAGCGGAAACUGCAGCAUCUACCAGAUCAUCUUCAAUGCGAUAAGAGUGGCUGCUUUGGAUGAUCCCCAAGAGUUCAAACUUCGCAGAAAAAGGAUCGCGGAGAGGCUCUACUCUUGUCAAUUCACUGGGUCUUGCUGCUGCGUCGAUCAGACGGAGCAGGACGUUCAUAGCACCAUUACACAAGUUUUCCAGGAGUGCAAAAAAGCUUGUGCUCGUAAGGGCGCCAAGGUCCAUGAUUCUACAGUUAUUGCAGGAGGAAAAGCAACCGAUCAGGCCAAUAAUGAACUCGAAAACAACGUUGAAGUUGAACGCGAAAAUAUUCGUUGUGUUUUGCAGAUUAAGGAUGAGCUCGAAAACAAGGAGCUGACGGACACUGAAAUCUACGAGUCGUUGACGAAGCUGCAAUUGAUGGUUCGAUCUGUUGGUGUUAUGGAGUAUGUUUGGGAAAGCAAUCUUCUACGUGUUGCCUAUAUGGCUAGAACGGCUGCCUACAAGAGUAUAAGGCUACAAGCCCUCCAUAGAGGCAUUGGAAUUAUAUUUAUUGUAAUUGUGGAUUAUCCUUUGUAG